AUGUCUUUUUCGAUUCUAGUGGUGCUGCUGGUGGUGCUGCCUAUUAGGGCAGAUUUAACAAAGGAAUCCUCCAUUCAGAGUGCUGAAACCACAGAGAAAAUUUCUUUGGGCGUCAAAGAAUUUACUUCUGAAAAGUCAGACGAUACUACGAACCCAAAGAUAAUUAUUUCUCAAUUUAUGGAUAUUUUGGGAAACGACAGCUCUGUGGCCCUGAUUUUUCUGCGAAAUAAGAGUUUCAAUAAAUCCACUACGGAAAAACAAAUAGUCUUGGAUUUUCUAAGGGCCCAGACUUGUAGGAAUGGAUUUUUUAACGAGCGCCCAGAGACAAACUCUGUGGCCAGUGGCGCCCUGAACUUGCGACAGCUACCGCCCUUGUAUCAGGACCUGCUCCUGGACCGCCUGCAGGACCAGCUGCGCCAGCUGUUCAUCGGCCUGCCCCUGGACAUCGCCUUCUCCACCCUCAACUACAUAUGCAGCACGAUUGUCGAUCUCGGCGUGGUGAGGUCCAAGCUCAUUCCCGAUGUCUCGCGGCUGAGGUUCCUCCUGCGCACCGAGCACGAGUGCCAGAACACCAGCAUUCCCCUCAAGCAGGCCGAGGAGCUGUGGGACACUCCCGGGUUUUACCAGGACAGACCGACGGUCCUGUACAUCACCGGCUGGCGGACGAGCAUCAACGAUUCCAACAGCGGACCCGUGGCCAAGGCCUAUGGAUGUCGCAACGAUACCAAUGUUCUGGUUCUGGAUGCUGCCGACUUUGUGGACACCCUGUAUACAUGGUCGGCACUGAACACCGAGGUGAUUGGAGCCAAUCUGGCUAAGGCCCUGCUGCGGCUGAACGCCACCUAUGUGACGAACCAGUUCCAUUUGGUGGGCCACAGCCUGGGCGCCCAGAUAGCUGGCUCGGCGGGAAGGAACUAUCGACAGAUGUCCGGGGGACUGACCCUGAAGAGGAUAACCGGACUGGAUCCGGCCAACCCCUGUUUCUACGACGGCAACGACUUGGAGGGACUGCGCAGCGGCGACGCCCGGUUCGUGGACAUUAUCCACUCGAAUCCCGGCAUGCUCGGCUCUUCGAAGCGGGCCGGCGAUGCGGACUUCUUUGUCCAGGGGCGGAUUCCCUUCAAGGAGGGCUGCGAGGGCCUCACCACCAUCAGCUGCUCGCACCAGAGGGCCGUGGACUAUUGGACGGAAACGGUCUAUCCCUCGAACGAGAACGACUUUCUGGGCAGGCGAUGUGAUCGCUAUGCGGAACUCCUGCUGGGCAGCUAUUGUCGGGACACGAGGACCGUGAUGGGCUAUGCCGCCAAGCCCACGGAACUGGGACUCUUCUACGUGGCCGCCAAUCGAGCGGAGCCCUACGGCCAGAAUGCCAAUCCGCAGACCUACACCUUCUCAACCAGCGAGUGCGGAUCAUGUGAAUGA